AUGACCGCCAUGAACUCCAACAACUCCUCCUCCUCCAUUCACCGCCGUCAGAAGCUGAAAAAGCUGGUGGUCGUUAUGGGCGCCACUGGCUCUGGAAAAUCAAAGCUCUCGGUCGAUUUGGGAACGAGGUUCUUUCCCAACUCCGAGAUCGUCAACUCGGAUAAAAUCCAAGUCUACCGUGGCCUGGACAUCGCCACCAACAAAAUCUCAAUGCAUGACCGAAAAGGAGUCCCACAUCAUUUCCUGGGCGAGUUUGACCCGGAAACCGAGUUCACCCCGUCCGAUUUCCGCGAACUCGCUCCGAAAACCAUUGCACAGAUAACCUCCAGGCGAAACCUCCCGCUCAUCGUCGGCGGGUCCAACUCCUUCAUCUACUCCCUGCUGGCGAAGCGGUUUAACUCGGAGACCGACGUCUUUGACGAGUCCAGCGCGAUAAACUCAGUGUCCUCCGAGCUUCGCUACAGCUGCUGCUUCCUGUGGGUGGACGUGUCACUGCCCAUUCUCAACGAGUACCUGGACAAGCGAGUUGACGAGAUGCUUGACUCGGGGAUGUACGAGGAGCUGGAGGAGUAUUUUGCUCGGGAGGGUUUCGCUGAGUCUGAGUCCGCGAGCCGGACGGGGCUGAGGAAGGCGAUUGGGGUGCCGGAGUUCGAGAGGUAUUUCAAAAGGGUCGGGCUGGGUGGUGGGGCGGAUGGUUCGGAGGCGGAAAAGCGACUCUCAUAUGAAGAAGCCGUGAAGGCGAUCAAGGAGAACACGUGUACGCUGGCGAAGAGGCAACAGGAGAAGAUCCAACGACUGAAAGAUGCCGGGUGGGACCUACAGAAAAUAGACGCCACGGAGGCAUUUCGGGCAGCUAUGGGGAUGACGUCAGAUUCCGGCAAGAGAGCGUCGGAUAUUUGGGAAAAAAUGGUGGUGGAACCAAGCGCGAAGAUUGUGAAGCGGUUCUUGAUGGAGUAGGUUUUCCAGCUGUUUCCAGCUCUCAACCCUCAACAAUCUCUCUCUUGUUUGUUAAGCACCAUUUGCUCUCCAUCUUC